CGCAUAUGGACUCUAGCAUUAGUGCAGUCUGUGUUGUGAACAUCCCUUACACCAUUGGCUUCAAAAGGUAUGUUUCUUUCAGAGAGUGGGAAUACGGGACAUGUUGAAAUGUGAGAGGGGGUGGCUCAAGAGGCUGGCUUACACUGCAGGACAUUUUACAGUACUGCAGGAAAACUACACAGAAUUGAAAGAAGAGACCCUAACCACGUGUAUUUUGACCUUCUUAGCUUUAAUUUAAGCUUAACUUGGCUGCCUGCAGUGUCCCUUUAAGAUAUAAAUAGACAGAAUCAGAGGCAGGAGUAGCUGACCUCAGGAAUACAAAAAUACUGAUACACGAAAAACAAGCCAGGUCAGGACACCAGAAGUUCACAAAGCCAAGGUCAAUAACAGGAAAUCUCAAGAGAGUCACUGAAGCACUAAACGUGUAAAUAUACAGAAACUCUAAUAGGGAAAUGAGUAAGGGCCUAUAAUGGCAUUAAAUAGGUUCACGUGUUCUGAUUGGUCCACUCCAAACAGCAUAGGGUUGCCUACAUGAUGUGGUACCUUUAAGGAUGAGCGAGUACAAAUCUAUUUAAGGACCGGGGAUAACACUCAAUUGGAUUGGAGAGAUCCUUUCAUAUCCUGCCCUCGUUCUCCCCCCCCCCCUUCUUCCCUGUCCCUUCCUCUUCCCAUUUCCCCCCACCCCCCUUUCUCAUAUACCCAUUCAUACGCAGAACCAGAGAGACCACAGACAACCGCGAAAGUGGAUCCCUCCGUCCCUUACCUAAUUCAACCCCGGAAAUCAGACACAAAUAUAAGCUGCUUGGCACCACGAACACUCCACUACCAUAUAUGCAGCUCCUUGCAAGCGCAAUGCUACCCGUGCGUGAGAAUCCAGUCACCCAACACGUUACCAACAAAAACUGAUCCAACACAACAUAAUCCCACAACAACAACAACAAACCAAUACGCUAUUCAACCACACACAAAAAAAAGGAGGGUAGAGAAAAAAAAAUAAAAUCUAAAACACACCCUAACCCGCGACACUACCAACAACCAUCAGCGCGUGUGUGGCAAAACAGAAGGUAUACCAGAACUUUAGAAGGAACACUAGACAUACAUACCCUUCCCUAUAUGGGUAAUACGUUAACAAUACCGGUCUCAAUAAUAACAGGGGUCAUCCGAUCUCAGCCUCUGCGUAGGAUAAUGUUGCAAAGCUAUUGAUGUGCCAAUCCUGAAUCUCACGUCACUUACUAAACAAGCAUUACUACCCCUGUGUGGGUAUAUUGUUCCCUAUCAGAUGUUAUCAAUGACCUAUUGUCAUCCAGGCUGGAAUUGUUGUAUAAUAUGUAUUAUGCUUUACCUUAGAUUGACAAACUGUGCCUCUGCGUAAGCAAUAACGCACUUCUUUUUCAAACCUGUUCUAUGUCUGCUAAUGUUUUGUAUACGAAAUAAAAAAUACCAUUUAAACACAAAUCUAUUUAAGGACGUGCCCUUAGAGUCUGAUACAGAGUUCUGCUGCUUGGCACUGGCGAAUGCGGACAAGCUGUUCACAGGUGCCAAAAGGGUAUCUCCACAUGGAGCGGUCGGGCCACGCAGUUAGAGAGGAGCUGCUCAGCAUGGAGCUGGUAAGUAUUGCCACACGUUUUAGAUUUGGCCGUGUUCACUUCAACACACCAUUUUGCAUACUGUGGCCUUCUCUCUUUGCCGCAGUCACCUCUAAUGCAUGGCUACCAUUGUGGUUGAGGGCAAUAAUGUUCCGGCAUUGCCUGAUGCUCACGUUGCUCAUGAGAAGAGGAGUGGGCCUUGACUGUUGCUGGACAGCUUGAAAGCAUCUGCAAAAUUCAUAUUGCAUUACAGGAAAAUAAACCACCCCACUUCUACCUUCUUGAUCCCCCAGUUGAGACUGGCAAAAUCAAGGGGCCCAAGAAUCCUCCAAAGACAGAAGCCCUUAUGGUAAGCUUACCUACGCCUCCCCCUUCUUCCCCAACAAAAGUAAAGGGGCAUAAUUGCUCUCUUUCAGUGCUUUAGCGUCUCUGAUGAACGAUUAAUGUACUCUGCAAACUGUUCUGGGAUGAAUAUUGAUAUUGUGUCAGAUUACUCAUCCACAUUGGGUUGAUUUUUCUGCCUCUGACAUGGAAUGUAAAACCCUGGAGAUCCAAACCCUGCAGAAAAAUGGAGCCUGUGAAGAGGUGCCUUAUGUUACACCAGGUUUCACAAGCAAUCUUUUCUUGGUGUCUAAGAGACUGUUUGGUAAGGCCAGUGAUCAACCUCACCCCGAUAAAUGCGUUAUUGGCAUAUCACUAAUUCGAAAAGGAUAUACACUGCCCGCGUAGUUUUCUUCAGGUGAGAGAUUGGGUGGUCGACGCCUACCUCACAGUUCCCAUUGCCAUGGAGUUUUGAGACUACAUCUAAUUUUAUUUGAAAGGGUUGAAAUGGAAGUUUAUAUGUCUUCAGUUUGGCCUUUCCUCGGCGCCAAACUAGAGUUCCUAUGAUUAGAAAACUUGUUCAUUAUGUCGCAAGAUGCACUCAUUCUCCACCGUCAUCUCUCCUGGACAGUGACACUACUCCAGAAUCUGGGUUUCUUGAUUAAACAGAAAAGGUUGGUACUGGUUUCCAUACAACUGAUGAAAUUUUUAGGCUUUGCCAUAAACUCAAAAAACAGGUUCUCUUCAUCUACCCAAUGUCAAAAACAAGUCUGUAGAAAGGGAAUUAACAACACUUUUGUCUCUCCUCCUCAUAACCAUUUGACAAUUGGCCAUGGUGAUGGACCUACUUCCCGCUUCAAUCUAAUCUAUCUUUCUGCGACCUCUUCAAAACAUCUCAAGAUUUCCCAUUUGCGAUGGGCAUGUCUUACUCGGAUGUCAAGCUCUCAAUUGUGACGACAAUUAGGAACUCACUUGGUGGAUACUUCGUUGUCAAAUCCGACACAUGUAUGCUCAGCUGGGGCACAUGCUGCGGCCCUACCUCUACAGGUGGUUAGCGGUCCCCUCAAGAGAAGUCACCUCACAUUAAGCUUCUGGCAGGGUCCUUUGCUAUUCGUAGUCUACUUGGGGCUUCCACCACUUGUUCCAUUUUCUCAAGAUUGGACAUUAUUUCUGCCCCACAUUUACAGCUGGAGAGAGGAUCCAGAUGCUCUUGCCAUGCAUGCUUUUCUACAACAAUGGCCACUAUGCCUUUCCUCCAUUAUCGCUGAUACCAUAUAAUCUACUUCACCUACAAAAGAUAUCAAACAUCACUGGUUCUCGUCACACUAAUUUCCAACGCUGUAAAGAUGUCUAUCGACAUUCUGAGAUUACUCCCUUCCGACUCUUUUGGACCCAAAUGGGACUCCCGAUUCUCUCCUAUUGUCAGGAUACCUCUAUAUGGUCUGGGAACCCCUCCAUGUUGAUGUCAUCCCAAUUGGCAUUACCCGUAUGACUUCCGGGUUUUGCCAAUCAAUCUCCGCCCAAUCGUCUCACGUCACACGCUUUCCUUCAAAAGGAAGCCGUGACCACAUCUAAAGGGCUCAAAUCGAUCUCUCUCUUGUGGUUUGAUGUGCUCUCGCUACUUGCUACAUUGUUGCUGCUUCGCUGCAGAAUUCUGCUAACCUGAUUUCCUGUGUACCAAACCUCUGGCAUUGAUCCUGGCUACGCACUACUCCACUCUCCCUCUCAAGGAACAGGGUUAACUUCGGAUUCCUGCCUCUUUUCACUUACUUCAAGGAACCAUAUUUCUUCAACUCCCAUCAUUCAUGAAAGGAAAGAUAAGUUCUCCAGUGAUUGUAAUUAUUAAUUAGUGCUUACCUGAAGUUAUAUAUGAAGGAUAAGGAAUACUGAAGUCUGCCCUCUGGGAUUCUCCACACUAUCUCUUUUUAAUAUCAUAUGUCAUAUUACUCAAUUGUUAAUUACUAUUAUUUAAGUCUAAUGACUACAACCACUUCGCAUAGCAGGACAGGUCUUUGUUAUAAAGUUUAUUUCUUAAAGUUAAAGACUGUCACUUUGUACUACAGGAAUUACCUGCUUUUGUCAACUUUAUAUUGAAGUCAAUGGACUUUAUUGCUAAUUAAGCAUUCCUUAUAUUCAAUUGCAACCAAUUACUAAUUUUCUUGUGAAGAUAUACUUAACCAAGAUUUCCAUUCUUCAUGCAUUAUUUUAAAACAUUAUUGCUGCAGAAGACUGCCAAAGUUCUUUAUUUAAAUAUAUUUUCUUAAAGUGACAGUAUCCAAUUAGAUUUUUUCACCUACGGUUGAGUUCCAAAUAAUUUUUUCACGAAAGUAUUACACCUAGUUCAGGGCUACCUUUGGCUUUUAGCUUGGUUGCUGUCCGGGGACCAUGGCACAUGCCUGGUGUUCGACAAUCGUUUCUUGGUCUUUUGGCAGCAGGGUGCGCUCCAGGAACACAACUAUCCCUACUCCCAUUCCUGGAAUUUCAUGGGCUCGUUAUCAUGGGCAUGGAACAUGUGGAUUCAGUUUCAUUAACAUACAUCCUUUUUCUUAUCAGACCUUUUGAUAAUUGGUUUAUAGCACGGUAAACCUUCACCGUUCAGCGAUCUUGGCUGGUCAUUGUGGUUUUGAUGAUUUACCAGCGGGGAAACACCUUUUGCUUUGAGGUCUGUAAUAAAAUCGCUUUCCUGUGUAUUUUCCAGGUUGAUUGAAAUAAGUCUUUUAUGGAUAUAUCUUCUUGGGUUAAAGGCUCACCAGGUUGAAAUAUGUCUAUAUUAGCCAAAAGUAUCAAUACGCAAUCGGACUUGCAGUUUCUGCAGGUUUAUUCUUAGUUACUGAUAUAUAAUAAAACAGCAAAGGAUGUUAUAGGAUAAUGGAUGUUCAACAGCAGAUGUUAAUUGCUGGACUCCUGAAGGGAGUUUUACAUUCUACAUAGUAAGAGGACAGCCGGAUAAGAAGAAUCUUGUGGUCGUCCUUUGUUCAGUACUUUAUAAAGAUAUGACCAUAAUGACAUCAGAAUAUAACCAUUAGACAUGUGCAAUUUGUUUCGGUCCGAAUAUGAAUUCGGACGAAUUUCUGGUACUUCCGAAUAGCCGAGGUCCCGAAGUUCCGAAAUUACCGAAGCACAGUAUUGCCUAAGUACUAAUAUACUUAACCAGUGGAAGAAUGAAGAAUAUUAUCCUGUAUACAAUUUUAAAUAAAAAGUAUACAAACGUAGCCAGGAUUCAGCUGUAGGCAUUUGCAACACAACAAUCAAGUAACACACAUUCAUAUAAAAUGUAAGUUACUUAGCCUGUCAAUGUACGGACAGGAAUGAAUAAGUAGAUAACUCCCUAAUUCCCACGGUAUUAGAGAGCUAUCUACUAAAAGGCUGAAAGACCUGAAUUGGUCUUUCAGCCAAAUUUACUAAUACUAAUUAAAGAUUACUUAGUAUUAGUAAAUUAUGCCCCUACUCGCUAUACUGCGAGUAGGGGCAUGUCUAUUAAACAGUAAGCAGCCUGUGCCACGCGAGUGGGGGCCCUAAAUACUAAUUAGGGGGGGACCUAAUGUCAUCCCCCUGAGCAGUGGGUGGGGGCCCUAAAUUAGAAUGAGGGGUGGGACCUAAUGUCCUCCCCCCUGAGCGGUGGGUGAGGGGCCUUAAUGAGAAUGAGGGUGGGACCUAAUGUCCUCCCCCCUGAGCGGCGGGUGGGGGCCCUAAAUAAAAAAAAUUACCCCCCUCUCCCCAGGUGACUAGGGGUCCCCAAACCCCUAGUCACCCGACUCCCAAAAAAAAUGAACCCCUACCUACCACCCUCACCCUAAAAAUAGUGAGGGGGGACCAUUAGCUAAACCUGUUAAAAAAAAAAAAAAAACAACUUACCAUUUGAUGUUUUCUUCCUUCAGCUCCAAAAAAGGCCAAAUAAAAAGCCAUAAUAACCGACGCACUUUAAAAAAAAAAAAAUCAAUCUUCACCCAUGGAGGGCUCCGCGCAGACUGAGCUCUGCAGGGCGGGGAAAGUCUUAUAAAGCCUUGCCCCGCCCUGCAAUUAGGCUCAGAGCACUUUGAUUGGUGGGUUUAAGUCAUCCAAUAAGAGUGCUCUGACAGGUAAAUGAAGAGACUGACAGGUAAGUCUCUACAUUUACCUAUCACAGCACUCUGAUUGGUUGGCUUGAAAUCCACCAAUCAGAAUGCUCUGUGGCAUUUUACACAGCGUGGGGAAGUUCUUUGGAAUUUUCCCACGCUGUGUAAUUUGACUCAUAACACUCUGAUUGGUUACUUAAUCCACCAAUCAGAGUGUUAUGAGUCAAAUAACACAGCGUGGGAAAAUAACUGACGCACAAAAGCAAAAAAAAAACACAAAACAUAAGUUGCAAUUGCGUCCAGCGACCUUUGAGGAUACUUUUCUUCCCAUGUUAUUUUCACCUUUACAUAAUCCUCAACACCCAGUAUCUAUCACUCUUACACGACGAGUAAAAUAGACUGGAGGAAUUUACACCUCAUUGUUUAGACCAAAUUUUAUGAGAGGUGCCAUGGCUUCCAAAGUUUUUUCUCUUGGUUGUUGACUUAGACCUGAAGUGUGCGGAUUGAUCUCGAUAAUCCACUUUCACUGAGUUUUACUUCAGACCACCUUUACAUUUUACUUCUGCCAUUAUUUCACAGAUUUGAACUAGCAAAUAUGAACUUAUGUGUCUUUUAAUAAAGUUACCAGAUUUUAGUUGUAACAUAAAGUCAUGAUUUUAUUAAAGGCACUUGGAUGAAACAGUUUCUCGAUAUACCUCCGUUAAUUGCAAAACUGCUUUAUCGGUUCUGCCGCACCCUGUACAUUGCAAGGACGUCCAUGUCAUAUACGUAGUUUUGCGCAUACUUAUUACUCCCCUCACCCCUCCACCUUCUAGGAAGACACUACACCUACACACUCUUAGUCUAAGAACUCUCAACUAGUAAUGCGCUCUAGAUAAGUUGUGGAUCAAUUUGUUACAUGCUUGCACAAGCUAUACAUGCCAUUAGUUAAUAAUUGUCAAUUUGUUAUUGGUAAUUAUCUCCCCUUUAUUGCUGUUAUUAUAAAACAUUUCUUCUGGUUAAUAAAGAUCAGAUAUUUUCCUAAAUUGACUCCCUUGUAUACCUAUCAAGAGUGCCCCCAAGUACACGAAGAGCAUGGCUCGGUCUGUAUAGAACUGUAAGACCAUGGUCGGUAAUUCGUGAUACACAAUGACAGGGGUAUGUUCCAAGAAUUCCUUUCUUUGCUGCUAAAGAUUAAAGAAAGAUAAGCAAAUUGGCUACUGUAUUAAAUAAAAUCAUGACUUUGUAAUGUUAACAAAAUCUGGUAAUCAUCACACUUUUAUCUUUAUCGCUAUGCGCGUUUUGCGAAUGUGGAUGCAUAAGUGCCAUUUUUGCAAAAAAGUAAAUAGUAACUAAACCUAAACAAGUUAAUGUAAAAUCUGGUUCCUUGGUAUUUUUAUUUUUUUUAAAUGCAAAAGCCACACCAGCACAGCCACCAUAAUACACAGACCGCCUCGAUGGGCAGGUCACACACAGACACCAUGUCCUGCUAACCCAGGGCUGCCCUCAGUGUUUGUCUCGGUGGCAGAUAUCACUCAGUGAGUGCUCUCCAUAAAGAUCCAGUAGUCUGCGGGUUCUGUGAUCUCCAAAGUCAGAGAGCAUGUCGCCCUAUCCGGUUAGCGAUCUCCCUCCCCCCGGUGAGAGCAGAGCACGGUGCGAGGAGCCGCUCACAAUCUGCACAGUCUGACAGGACUCCAUUAUCCUGGCAUCUGACAGGACACGUACAGUCUGACAGGACUCCAUUAUCCCAGGAUCUGACAGGACUCCAUUAUCCCGGGAUCUGACAGGACACGCACAGUCUGACAGGACUCCAUUAUCCCGGGAUCUGACAGGACACGCACAGUCUGACAGGAAUCCAUUAUCCCGGGAUCUGACAGGACACGCACAGUCUGACAGGACUCCAUUAUCCCGGGAUCUGACAGGACACGCACAGUCUGACAGGAAUCCAUUAUCCCAGGAUCUGACAGGACACGCACAGUCUGACAGGAAUCCAUUAUCCCGGGAUCUGACAGGACACGCACAGUCUGACAGGAAUCCAUUAUCCCGGGAUCUGACAGGACACGCACAGUCUGACAGGACUCCAUUAUCCCGGGAUCUGACAGGACACGCACAGUCUGACAGGACUCCAUUAUCCCGGGAUCUGACAGGACUCCAUUAUCCCAGGAUCUGACAGGACUCCAUUAUCCCAGGAUCUGACAGGACUCCAUUAUCCCAGGAUCUGACAGGACUCCAUUAUCCCAGGAUCUGACAGGACUCCAUUAUCCCAGGAUCUGACAGCACACGCACCGUCUGACAGGACUCCAUUAUCCCAGGAUCUGACAGGACUCCAUUAUCCCAGGAUCUGACAGCACAUGCACCGUCUGACAGGACUCCAUUAUCCCAGGAUCUGACAGGACUCCAUUAUCCCGGGAUCUGACAGGACACGCAGUCUGACAGGACUCCAUUAUCCCGGGAUCUGACAGGACACGCACAGUCUGACAGGACUCCAUUAUCCCGGGAUCUGACAGGACUCCAUUAUCCCGGGAUCUGACAGGACUCCAUUAUCCCGGGAUCUGACAGGACUCCAUUAUCCCAGGAUCUGACAGGACACGCACAGUCUGACAGGACUCCAUUAUCCCGGGAUCUGACAGGACACGCACAGUCUGACAGGAAUCCAUUAUCCCGGGGUCUGACAGGACUCCAUUAUCCCGGGAUCUGACAGCACACGCACAGUCUGACAGGACUCCAUUAUCCCGGGAUCUGACAGGACACGCACAGUCUGACAGGACUGCAUUAUCCCAGGAUCUGACAGGACUCCAUUAUCCCGGCAUCUGACAGGACACCGGGUUCUGUUAAGAAGCGCGUUCGCGAGACAAACCCAGCCGACACACCGGAGCUGUGACCGAACCGUCUCCCACCCGCGGGUUAAGGCUGAGCAGGGGGUUGUCAGUAUCCGGCAGGUCGGAGAGCCAUGUCCCAGCCGGGUGGAGUGGCCCUCGGGGGGCCGCAUGGCGGGCAGCGCGCUGGACCCGGCUCGGCUCUCGCUGUAAACACGGAGCUCCCAGCUCUCACGAGCUGCACACAGCAACACAGCUCCGGUUUCGUAUCCGCGCGCCCUUUCGCUCCGCCGUGACGUCGGCCACAUUCCGACCAACCGGCGUCGGUCGCUGGUCAGGACAAUGAAGCCCCGCCGGCCAAUGGGGAGCGGCGCAGGGUUGGCGGCAGCCAAUGGCGGCCCGGCUGGGCUGAGAGUAAUGUUACAGAUAGGGAGAGUGAAGAGGCUGCGUAUCGAUCCCGCUCGCUCUCACAGCCAUUGCAGUACAUUGAGCUCCAUAGACUCAGCAUUGGGUGAGUAUCACACGGCACAGACUGCCUGUACCCACUGGGUGAGCGGCGCUCAGCGAGCACUGCCAGCGGCCACCGCGCCUCAAACAGCCGACAAUAAACCCACCACGAGCAGAUAGAGAGAUUAAUGGGCCGAGCUGGGGGAAAGCGGGGAUUAAUAAACAGGAUGAGGGCAGAUUGUGACAGGAUAAAAAAUAAAUAAAAUACCUCAGAACUCUAAUUAUAACUAAAUAUACCGGGCAUCUACUCACACUGUGCCCAGCACCGGCUUUAUUAUAAGAAGAAAUUCAUUUUUAUAAUUACAUUUUUUUUUUAUUGCAUUUUUUUUUUUUUUCAUUUAAAAGAGAUUUUUCACCACAAUAUGUUUUAUUCUGACGAGAGUCUGGGGAGGAUAAAAUAACUUUUUUAUUAUUAUAAUAUUUAUGUACAGUGUGUACAGUGUGUUGGCCGGCAUGUGAUAGAUGAGGUGCAGUUAGUUAGGUGUGUUUUAGUAUCAAGACGGUAGGCAGGAGAUCCGUGGCCCCCGGGGGCCGUCCCUGGUGGUGAUGGAGGGUAGCUCGGGCGGUGAGCUCGCUGUUUGCCCCGGGCAGGGCGGUGUGGGCAGAGAGAGAUAAAUCACCUCAGGACCCGCUGCUGUAACAUGGCUGACAGGACGGGAAGCUGAGGGAGAUAGUAAUAAUAAUGGCCAUCACUCUGUGAGGAGAUAACGGCUUUAUAUUAAUAUAGAUAUGGCUCUCUCUCCUGCCCAUGGCCGGGGCUGCAUUAGCUGCCCGGUGACCCGCUAAAGGAACGCGAGCCGCCGAGGCAGCUGUGUCCCCCUCCCGAGAUGGCGGUUGCGAGCAGCCUGUUUUUUUAACAUGGAGGUUUUAAUGAGAAGGGGGGGGGGAGCGCGCGGGAUGGGAGGGGCGCACGGGCACGCACGCACAAUGGAAGGGAGAGCUGGCGAGGCGCGCGCCCGCGCUCCCCUGUGUUCUGAGGCAGCGCUCGCGGGGCCGCGCACUUACUCCUCGCUCACAGUCCCCCCACCUUCUCAGCCCCGCAGUCAGUGUGUGUCUCUCUAGCUCUCUCUCUCUGUGAGUGUGUAAUAAUGGGGAUAAAGACCGUGUUGCUGUAUUCGCAGUCACACUGUGCCCGCAAACAAGAGGCGCCCGGGGUUGUAACCACCCACACAGACAGGCGGCUGGCAACAUUUCACGGGGACUUUCUUUCAUCCAGAAGCUGGUGUUGCAAGAUGGAAGGAGAAAAACUGUCAUUGUUGAUUCUCUCUCCACCGCCACCUCUUUUGGAUCUGCGCCAUCAUUUGACUCACUGUAUAACUAGUGCUAGCUUAGACCUUUUACAAGGAUAGGGGGUGACAUCAGAUAAGUCAUCACUGCUUUGUAAUGAGAAUGUCCUAUUGUUCUUUUAAAAAGAACUUAAAGCGUGUGUUGGACGAGAUGAGCAACGCUUUUAACUAUCUCAAAUGUGUUUUUGGCAGCCCUUAACUUGCCUGGCUUUGCACAAGUGCUGGCUCACUUCUGACUUUCAGGUUGUUGUGGAGAAACAUUCCCACUACGCUCAGACAUGCCUCUCCAUGAUACCCAACAUCUAAGUUAAAUUGGCUCUGCUCUACAGUGUGAGUUGGACUUUCAUUGAAAUCUAAACGCACUCAAAAGAUAUCAUAGGACAAAGUACUAGGGACUACUUGGCCUUAUGGUUCAUUUCUGCAUGGACAAACCAUGAGCUACCAUCAUCAACUUUCUCUCACUUCCCACACAAAACACAGACACACCCCUGUCUAGUUUUCACAUAUCCCAGCUGUCACUGAUGACAUCUAGGAAUAAGGUAUUGUCUCCCUUAUGGAGACUUAAUGUCUCUCAAAAGGUUUCACAAGAUAUCAGUUCCUUAGUCUUGUGCCUCACUGUCUGUUUGUAUAAUAAUGGGUAUUAAGCACCAUGAGCUGAAGAAAGAAGCUGGAGAUGCCUUGGGGGGACAAUUUUAGGUAAAUAUAACUCCACAUAGCGGCAUUCCCAGGGCCGCUGCACUCCCAAGUGUUGAUGUCCCCAUCAGUGCUCUUUCCAAAAUAUAUAAAGACCCCAGAAGAGGACAGAGCCACUUUAUUUCUCACUGUAGUUUUAACAAGGUAUAAAGGCAUUUGUAAUCCUAAUACUGCCGCAAACAUUAGGUGCUUGUAAAAACUGAAUUGCAAUAUGUAGGAAUCAAUUGCUCAUUUGAAAAAAAACUUCCAGCCCAGCUGUAGUCCUUGCUUUGGAUAUUUUUCACUAAAUUCAGUUUUAAAUUCACCACAGUUUGGAGUAGAUUAAAUGAAUCCAACGAGUGUGUUUAGCAAAAUCUUGACAUGUAAUACAGGUCACCAUUAGAUGGUAAUUUUAAUUUAGGUACAUAAGUGUGAAUUGUUGGGGAUUCCUACAGGGGUAACAAUGCCCUAAGAGAAUUGUCUUUUUAGUUAAGAUUUUUGGCCUACAAUGUAAAAUUUAGUUUCAAUUUCUGGCAUCUCAUAUAACCAUAAUAACCUGAAUAAAGUGCUGUGGGAGGCAGUAGAAGCCACAGCAAGACUUCGUGUUCAUUCAUGUUUUUCAUUACAUUAAGAGGGCUUGUCAUAGCUUCAACACAAAAUGUCUCAUACAGUGCUGUGAGCAAGCAUUUUGAGGUCUUUUUAUGGCACGUACAUUCCAUGUGUACAAAAGCCAAAUUAGUAUUUGUACUGCCGGUGGAAGAAUGGUUUUGCGUGAGUGGGGGAGCUUAUGCUGAAACUAAUUUUGCAGAUCUCUGACAUUAUAUGCAACAGGUCAUAGGAAGAAAGGGGACCUUUUAAAUCAGAACUCAUGAAAGGUGCAUGUGGUGUGCUUGUCUCUCUUUAAAGGGCAGUUAAGAAUGCAUUUAUCUCUCAUAUUAGAUGGGAAAACUACUCACUUAACAUCCUUCAGUUACAGAAGACAAAUGUCCAAUGUUUGUGUAAAAUUGCUAUUCAAGUAGCAUCAUCUAACUUUCUGAUUUUUAUAUAUAUAUAUAUAUAUAUAUAUAUAUAUAUAUAUAUAUAUAUAUAUAUAUAUAUAUAUAUUCUAUCUAAUUAAUCCCUACUUGACGUACUUUCGGGACCAAUACCUUUUUAACAAUCAGUUGAAGUGGUUAUGGUGCCUACAGUGUUCCUUUAAUUAUGAAUGAUAUUUAACUUUUAAUGGUGAUUUUAGUUUUCUUUUUACAGUGUUCCUUUAAUUAUGAAUGAUAUUUAACUUUUAAUGGUGAUUUUAGUUUUCUUUUUUUCUCCUGUAUGUGCCCGUUUACUUCAAAUAGAUUUUUAUUCUGCUUCAACUGAGUACAGCAAACCCUGACAUGUAUACCUUCGUCAUGUUUUGGGGUACUUAAUGUGACACUAGGCAUUAUUUUUGCUUCAUCUAAUUGAACUAGUUAUAGUGUCUUCAGUUCCCUGGCGCGCUCCUUCCAUUCAGCGUUAAACAGUUUGAUUUUAAUGCCAAAAAGAGUCCCCAGCCGCCCAUUAACUGCACUACUUGGGCUAAUAAGGAAGCACUAGCCUGAGCAGCAGUACGUGGUUGGCAGUGUCAGCUGACCACUCUCAGGUUACAAGAGAGCCCAUAUGUUUAUAUGAAUGGGUAUGUCUAAAAGGAUUGCAUUGCUUGUAUGAAUGUAAUUUCUGUUUUAACCUCCAGUAGGAGCCAGGCAGCGGGUGACCUGGGACCCUUGUUUAGUGUUAAACUGGUCAGAAAUGGUUUAACAGUGAAUGGAGCAACAAUGCCAGGGGACUCAAUGCACUGUCUGACACUUCACACAAAGACACCUGCAUUCAAACACACUAGUAUAUCAAACAAACUCCUCUAUUCACACAUACUGACCCAUUACACACAUGCAUUCAUAAAUACUGACUCAGCACAUAUAUAUUUCCCUAUAUUUACAUCUAUUCGUCUACCACAUGUGAAAUGUAAACUAUACAUAUAUGUUAAAACCAUUUGGACUGAAUAAAUAUUGAAUGGUACUUUAGAAAUGUUGGGCCUGGGGUUUAAAAAAAAAAAAAAGACUGGGGAUAUACUAGCAUACAGUUUUCACCUCUAGGGGACAUUUUCUUCAGAAAGAUAAAAUGGCAAAGUUCAAGUAAACCUAUUUGUUGAUAAAACUGUCUUGAGCGGAAACAAAACAAAGUAAUGUCUGUAUAUUUAUAACUGAAGUGAGAAUCCCAAAUUAGUGAUUUUGCUUUAUUUGCUGCUAAAAUCUAUUUUCUGAGGAAAAGUUAAAGAAUCACUCUAAGCACCAUAACCUAGUGGUUAUGGUACCAGGAGUUCCUUUGCACCCCCAUUUAAGGACACCAUGACUAUUUACCUGGGAUUCUCCAAGGGGCCCUUAGAAGUUAUCCCAUUCUACAAUUGAGUUGCUUGGCUAUAUUUUGAUUAAAAAAAAAAAAAAAAAUCACUGAUUAUUUUAUUUAAAUGUUUUAUUGUGUUGCAGAAACUAAUUAAUUAAAAAUGGGUAAAGGUGAUCCAAAGAAGCCGAGAGGAAAAAUGUCCUCUUAUGCUUACUUUGUGCAAACUUGCAGAGAAGAACACAAGAAAAAGCACCCAGAUGCAUCUGUAAAUUUCUCAGAGUUCUCCAAGAAAUGUUCAGAAAAGUGGAAGGUAAGAGUCGCUUUUGCAAUAUAUGAUAACGUAAGAGAAAAUAUUUGAUUUGGGUGAACAAAUGCAAGUAAUUCUCAAGAUUAUAAUUUACUUAUUUAUUUUGAUUAUUAUAGCGGUUUGUCAUCUGUGUAUCAUGAUUGAAUUGAAGUGCUCAAUGUAGUAAAUGUUUUUUGUACAUCCAAUAUAAGCUUAUUUGAUCUAAUCAAAAUAUUAAUAUUAGCAAUAUAGGCUGAAAAAGAUCACAUUAAAAGACCACUAUGGUGUCAGGCAAACAAACUCAUUUUCCUGACCCUAUAUAAUCCUUAGGGUCCGUCCCCCCCUCCCGCUGGGCUGAAGGGGUUCAGCCACUAACCUUUAUCCAGCGCUGGGCUCCCUCGGCGCUGGUGACCUCUCCUCCCCUUCCGUCGUCAUCUCCCGACUGGAGCCGUACGCGCAUUAAAAAUGCCCAUAGGAAAGUAUUUCUCAAUGCUUUCCUAUGGACGCUCUGCAUGCUCAAUGCGAUUUUCACAUUGAGCGUCGCAGAAGCGCCUCUAGCAGCUGUCAGGAAGACAGCCACUAGAGGCUGGAUUAACCCUGCUAUGUAAACAUGGCAGUUUCUCUGAAACUGCUAUGUUUACAGCUGCAGGGUUAAAACCUGGGGGACCUGGCAUCCAGACCACUUCAUUGAGCUGAAGUGGUCUGGGUGACUAUAGUGGUCCUUUAAGCUUUUGACACAUCGGUAUACCUGCAAUUGAUACAAAUAAGGCAAACCCCUAUAUUUAAAGCAAAAUUGCCACAAAUUGUGAGCAAACGUAAUACUUAUUGACUCCCAAGUGACAGCCAAACUGAUUUACAAACAAUUACUCCUGACGAUUAUAUCCUUGAAUAUUCAGUUUUUUUAAAAAGCAUCCAGACAUGGUUUAAAAGUCUGUACAUAAUCUGACAAAACGACCUCUUGAGGUGGGGAAUUCAUUAUCUUUAUUGUUCUUACUGUAAAAACAAAAACAAAAAAAAAGCAAGCCUUUUCCUCUGGCAUAUCAUUGACUGACAAGGGAAAACAGAAAGACCUCCAACAGGAGGUCCCUCUGCUCUCCUCCGAUAGCAAACACAGCAGUUAGGGAUUAUAGGAACAGAGUGACAUCACUCUGUUCCGAUGCUGGCAUGUUGUCAACCAAACUAGCGUAACAAUGUUACUGACUAGAUUUGCCAUGUUUGUGUAUGCGUGCCCAGCAGGGCAAAUCAAAGAAGAACAGAAGAGGUGGGAUGAUGGCCAAAGGUGGGAAGAGUAACACUUAUGAAUCAGCGAUGUAAUGGAGAGAAAGUGAAUAAAUCUUUAUAAUUUACAUGUAUUUAAUGUAUAUGGAAGCGAUUGCAGAUGAGUAGUUUUCUUCCAUGACAGAUUCACGUUAGAGUAAAGUCGUAAAGUCCUCACCAGUUCCUGCGUUACCCUGACACUCUACAGUACGCUAAAUGUCACUCUUUUUUUUUUUUAUAUAUAUAUAUAUAUAUUCGGUUUACUUAUCCCUUUUCCCUGACUGUCUUGUCUGAAAGUAUCUGAAGUAAAGAUAUAUACAACUCUGACCCAAUAAAUGCUCUUCAAAAUUGAUAUUUCUAUUUCACAUUGGCGAUAUAGACAGUGAGGAGCUAAGUGACAAGGGCUUGGGGAACUCUUGGUUUGUGUCUAAUUGUUUGAAAGAUGUUUGACACAGAUCCGAUGGACAGUACCAGGAGUAUGCUGUCACUACUACUAUAGUCAUUUAUAGUGCUUAAAUGGACACUCCAGGCAGCUAAACAAGUUAAACCUAAAUUAAAGCUAAUAAGCUUAAAUACCUGUGGAUAGUUUAUUUUCUUUCAAUUCUGAGUAGUUUUCCUGCAGUGCUGGGAAAUGUUUUGCUGUUUUCAGCAAUGUAACCCAACUUCCUUAGUCACCCUCACUCACUCAAAUUUCAACACGUUCCCCAUUCCCAGUCUCUGAAAGAAACAUACCCUUUUCAGACAAAGGAAAUAGGGGCAUGUCUUCUCUAGUGUAAGGAAUGCUCACAGCACCACAGAUACGAGGCUAAAGCCCAUAUGUGCUCCUCUCCUUACCUCCCUGUAAUACAAGUAAUAAAUUCUCCUCCAGUCACUGUUAGCCAUCCUCCCUACCCACUAUUAGCCCCUUCCCUACCAGUUUCUGUCAGCCAACCUCACUACCCAUUAUUAACCCCUUCCGUGCCAGUCUUUGUCAGCCAACCUCCUCACCCACUGUUAACCCCCUUCCCUGCCAGUCACUGUUAACCCCUUCACUGCCAGCCAACCUUACUACCCGCUGUUAACCCCUUCCCCUCCAGCUCCUGUUAAACAACCUCCAUAGAUAGAGAAAGAUAACACAAAGCCCUGUAGUUAUUUGAAUUUGUCUGUCUCUUUAUAUUUAUUUAUUAUAAACCUAGGACACUAUAUGAUACCUAAUGUGGUGAGCAAACGUGUGUGUCAAAUGUGGUAUCCAAUUUCUAGUGUCUGAAUGCCGAGGAUGUCGAAGAGGCUUAGGCAAGCAUUGUGGUCAUGUGUUUAGUGAUGCAAAUUGCUUCACUCAGCUCAGGCAUGCCCAGUAAGAUGUGUGAUUACUGAUUCUUAGAGAAUCACUGGAACAUGUCCAUUGGUGAGAGAUUAACAAAGGUACUUCUAAAGCACAUUUUUACACUAUAUUUAGGGAAAAAAACAUUUAGUGACCGUAGGUUUACUGUUGGGGGGUGAGGUAUAGGGGGGUCAAGAAUAUGCAUUUUUGUUCAUGAAUACAGUUCAUUUAACCCCUUAAGGACACAACUUCUGGAAUAAAAGGGAACCAUGACAGAAUAUUUCCGUCAUGUGUCCUUAAGGGGUUAAGUGUACCUUUAACAGUGUGUGUGUGUGUGUGUAUGUAUAUAUAUUACCAAAUCUGUAACUGUCUGCCAUUUAUGUUUUGAAGACAAUGUCUGCUAAGGAAAAGGGGAAGUUUGAAGAUAUGGCAAAAGCUGACAAGGUUCGUUACGAAAGAGAAAUGAAAACUUAUAUACCUCCAAAAGGAGAAACAAAAAAGAAGUUUAAGGAUCCAAAUGCACCAAAGAGACCACCGUAAGUAUUUUUUUGUAUAUUUGUUUAAAGAGACCAUAAAGCCUGUGAUUAUAUUCUAGGGACACAAUUUUAUCUGCAAGUGUUUGAGGUAGCCAGUAGCACCAAAGGUUAGACAGACCAGCUGCUGUCUGAAAGAGAGUUGUAGAAAUGCCUUCACAAGUUUUAUUAUACAAGUAAAUUGACUUUAGUCCAGGAUGUUCAUCAUAAUUUCAAAGCAGAUAUAUUUUCAAAUUAGAUAUUCUAGGAUUUUAAGUAUAUUAUCAGUUGUGAAAGCUCAAAAUGGCCAUACAAAAAACAAUGAAUUUUUAAAUUGUAUUUAUUCAUAUGUGUAAGACUUGUGCAAAAAUUCAUUUCAGCUGGUUUGUCCAAAUCAAAUCCUUUUUACUUUACAAUCAGUUCAUCUUGGAUGUAAUAUUUCACGAAUUAGAAAGAUUCCACAAGAAAAGGGGAUAAUUUGAUCCUGGGUAUUUUUCUUUUUUUUUUUUUUCAGGUCUGGAUUAGAAGGAAUUUGAUUCCUUAUCCCUUAUUAGAUUUGCUAACCUUUUUCCAGCUCCAUGACUCUUUCAGAAGUGCUGCCCGAUUUGCCUUCAGUGACCUAAUUGAAAAGAUGUUUCCUUGUCACUGGUCCAACUCAAUGCUUUUAAUAGAGGUGCAUUGUAAACUGUGCGUGGAGAGCAUUCUGUGCAUUCCUAUGCACUCCACCAGUGGAUGUCGAACAUCACAUGACCGAGUCAAACUCUGUUGUUAACCAAUGUUUAAACCCUUGAGGGUGUAAACAUUGCCAUUCCUUUAAAACGGCUGUGUUUUACUUGUAACAGUUAAAACUGUAGGACCAUGUCUUUGAGAUUAAGUGGUCUGUAUGACUUGAGCUUUGUAUAAUAGUAAUAUUGUACACAAUAUUUCAAGUCUUGCACUACUAGCUAUGUCUAAAAAUGUCAUACUAUUACAAUGCCAUUACAAGCCAUGGCACACUAGCCAUCAGUGAAUUUUACUCACUAGUUCUACAUAUCAUUUAAUAUUUAAAUAUGCAUUUUUGUUUGCAGAUCUGCUUUCUUCUUGUUCUGUUCUGAGUUUCGUCCUAAAAUCAAAGGAGAGCACCCAGGUCUGACAAUCGGGGAUGUUGCAAAGAAAUUGGGAGAGAUGUGGAAUAACACUGCUUCGGAUGACAAAAUACCAUAUGAAAGGAAAGCUGCUAAACUGAAGGAGAAAUAUGAAAAGGUACAUAGUUGUGCUACAAAGAUGCACAAUAGGUUGUAAUAUUAUAGAAAUUAUCAACUCUUUUGACAUCUGCGCACACAACGUACUGCUCAAUAUAGUUGUUCUGGUAAGUAUAGUCAGUCCCUGCAGGCAUUUUCAUGCAAACACUGUCUUUUCAGAGAAAAGGCAGUGUUUAAUUAAAGCCUAGGGACACCUUCAGUGGCCAUUCCUCAGAUGGCCACUGGAGGUGCUUCCUGGGGUAAUGCUCUGCAAUGUGCAGCACUGCCGUUUAGCAUCUCUGCAUGGAGACACUGAACUCUCCUCAUAGAGAUGUAUUGAUUCAAUGCAUCUCUAGGACGAGAUGCAGAUUGGCCUUCCUGGCGUUUUGCCCUGCCCCACCUCUUUGACGAUCUCAGCCAAUACAAUGCUUUCCCUAUGGGAACGCAUUAGAUUGGCUGAGAUCAUCAAAUCUGAUUAUCUCAGCCAACGUGGCGGAUCAGGGUGGAGCCGGUGCCGUGCUGGAAAAAGGUUACGUUUUAACCCUAAGAGGGGGGAAGCCACCUAAAUGGUGGUAUUAACACUAUAGGGUCAGGAAUACAUCUUUGUGUUCCUGAUCCUAUAGUGUUUCUUUAAUUAACAGGUGUAAUUGCAGAACUAUAACUGACAUUUCUAAAAAGCCAUUAAUGAGUUGCAUGUAACUUGUAAUAGUUUAUCUGCAUCAGUAUAAGGAUUUUAAAAUCCUAUCACAAUCUGUUGGAUAAAAAAAUAAAUAAAAAUGUUCACCUCUGAGAAUAUGUUUUGUGCUGAAGGUGGCACUGUGUAACCAUGGAACAAGAUUUGUCCCUUCUUUAGAGUGUCUGCUAGAAACACUUAGCAUAAUGAAUUUCACGUAAUUGUUUACAGAUGUUUGGGUAUUUUGCUUUUCAUAGAAUUCUUUAUUCCUGUGCAAGUCCUGUUUUAAAACCUUGCAAUAUUGUCUUAAAACAUCACUCAAAUCAUUCCUAUUUUUUUAUUGUGUGUUCGGCACAUGGCGUGUGAUUUAUUUUUUACAAGUACAAUUUAUAUAUAUUUUUAUGUAGGAUAUUGCAGCCUAUCGGGCAAAGGGGAAGCCCGAGCUUGCAAAAAAAGCUCCUGCCAAACCUGAAAAAAGCAAGAAGAAAGAGGAUGACGAUGAUGAUGAGGAGGAUGAAGAUGAUGAGGAGGAGGAUGAAGAAGAUGAGGAGGAAGAGGAUGAUGAUGAAUAAACUCUUAUUCAAGCAUUUUUUUGAUUAUAUAGCAUUUAACCCCCUGUACACAACUCACUCCUUUUAAGGAAGAGAAAAAAAAGAAAUAUAAGGUUGUGUAAGAUUUGUUUUUAAACUGUACAGUGUCCUUUUUUUUUUUUUUUGUAUAGUUAACACACUACCAAAUGUGUCUUUAGAUAGCUUUGUGUUGAGUGGCUUUUCAAUUGCCACUAAUUUUGCCUAGUACAGUUUGGGGGUUGUAAAUUGGCAUGGAAAUUUAAAGCUGGUUCAUGUUGGUGCACAGCACAAAAUAUAGUUUGUAUGGGGAUGUUGUUUAUUAUUUUUCAUCUUCCGCAUCAUAAUUGUUGUUCUGUUUUAACUGAAUACCACUCUGUAACUGCAAAAAAAAGUUUAAAAUAUUUUGUUGACAUUCUGAUUGCUUCUAAGUAAAUAAGCUUUUUUUUUUAAUUACUAUUGUUGGUUUAUCUGCAAAGAACAUUAUACAUUUCUCCUAG